UGACUCGGUGGUGGGAUAAGAGAAGGAUUUGGUUUUCUUUCUUUUCAGAAAAAAGAGUCCUCCUCAUUUACUCGGGUAAAGAGUCUUUCUGCCGGGGCUUUCGCUUACGCCGGAGCUGCUGCUGAAGUUGCGUGCGUGGACAUCCCAAACCCGUCCACCGAAACACCACCGCAGUCUCGGCACGCGCGGCGAAUCGCUCCCUCCGUCGAGCCCCUGGCGAAGGACCCGUCGAUAUUUCACCUCGAUAGCUCCUUGCCGCGAUCGGAGCCAGAUCUGAGGUGAGUCUCCAAGGGCCCCACUUUUUGGUGUUUAGAAAGAAACCCUGGCAUUUUGUCAGCUUUGACAGGCUGCAAUGAAUCGUUCUUAGCACAGAGAUCUCUCCAUUUUGCUAGUUUUUUGGCUUCCGAAUUUUUCCAAUCUCUGGCAGCCACGGCUUUUGCUGCUGUCCUGUUUCGACUUUUUUCGUCGAAGAGGAGAUCAAGCGAGAUCGAUGGAGAGGAGUGCAAAGAGACCGCAAGGAGAUCAAGCGAGAUCAGUGGAGUGGGAUGCAAAGAGACGGCACACGGGUGGAAAUGAUGGAACAGCAGGAGGUGCUUCUUCUACUCACACGUCAACAGAAGGUCAAGAAGUGGUUACUUCAUCGGGAUAUGACUAUGAAGUAUUCUUGAGCUUCAGAGGACCAGAUACUCGAGCUGAUUUUACCGACUUUCUUUACACUAGUCUUAAUGAUGCGGGUAUCCGCACAUUUAAGGACGAUGAAGAGCUCCGCAUUGGGGAAGAGUUUGCCCCAGAACUUCUCCGAGCAAUUAAGCAGUCGAAAAUCUCAGUACCUAUAUUUUCGAAAGGUUAUGCCUCCAGCGUAUGGUGUCUCAAGGAGCUGGUCCAAAUGGUCGAGUGCAAGAAAACCCAAAGACAAAAGAUCAUGCCCAUUUUUUAUGACGUGGCACCUUCAGAGGUUCGAUACCAAACUGGGGGUUAUAAAGAGGCCUUUCGUUUACAUGAAGAGAAGCAGCGAUAUAGCAAAGAUACUAUCUGUGAGUGGAAGACUGCUCUCAGUGCAGUUGGGGCGAUAAACGGAUGGGACCUACAUAGCAAGACCGAUAGGCGAGAAGGUGAGUUCGCAAGAGAAGUUACCCAUAAGGUUUUCACUGAGUUGAAAAAGGCUUAUCUGGCGGUAUCAGAGUGCUUGGUCAGUGUCGACAACCACGUGGAUGCAAUCAUGGAAAUGAUAGGUGCUGGGACAAGUGAAACACGAAUUGUAGGAAUCCACGGGAUGGGUGGCAUUGGAAAGACAACUACUGCCAAAAUGAUCUACAAUAAGCUUUCAGACGACUUUGACAAGUGUUGCUUUCUUCAAGAUAUUCGAGAAACAUCAAAAGGUAAUGGCAUUCAAUACUUACAGGCUCAGCUCAUCUCUGACAUCCUCAAAAUGAAACGCGUGGAUAUAAAAGACAUUCAUGAAGGAACUCGGAUGAUUAAAGACAGGUUGUCUAAUAAAAGAGUCCUCCUCCUUCUUGAUGAUGUGGAAGAAGCGAAUCAUAUUAAUGCACUUGUAGGUAAACGUGAUUGGUUAGGCAAAGGGAGCAAAAUUAUUAUCACUACAAGAAAAAAAGAUAUUCUUGAGGUUCCUGAAGUGGACUGCAGUUAUGAGCUUAGCGCCAUGGAUGUUGAUCAAUCUCUUCAACUAUUUAGCAAACAUGCCUUCAGAAAAGAUUAUCCUUUGGAUAAGUAUAUUGGCCAAUCCAAGAGGGUAAUAGGCAUUGCUGGAGGUCUUCCACUAGCUCUUGAGAUCAUAGGCUCACUUUUAUGUCACACUAAAAGGGAAAUGUGGGAUCUCACAUUGAAGAAGUUGGAAAAUGUUCCUCAUGCAGCAGUUCAGAGUAAGUUGAAAAUAAGCUAUGAUGCAUUAGAAGUUCGACAACAAGAUAUAUUCCUCGAUAUAGCUUGUCUUUUCAUUGGAUAUAACAAAGAUAUUCUGGUUCAUUUCUGGGAUGAAAAUAAAUUUCCGGAAGAAGCCAUGGAAGUUCUACAGAACAUGUCUUUGAUAAAGAUUGAAGAGAAUAAUAGAGUAUCGAUGGAAUCCUUUCCUUUUUUCAAAGAUAAAAAUAGAGUGUGGAUGCAUGACCAACUCAGAGACCUUGGAAGAGAAAUAGUUCGUCAAGAAAGUAAACUGAAAAUAGAGAAGCAAAGUAGGGUGUGGGAUCCGAAGGAAGCAUGUGAUCUGUUGAGGAGACCUGAGGUAAAAAAAAAAGUUGAAGCUCUUUAUCUCCAGUUUGACCACGGGAGGCACCAUUUUACCUAUGAGAGCUUUAAGAGCCUAUCAAAUCUAAAAUUUCUUGCAAUUGAUGAUUGGAUGGAAUUUUUUAGUGCAGAAGAGAGACUUCUUUGGCAUGAAUCAUCAUCAAAUGUUCUUCCAAUUGAUGUUUUCCAGGAGAACUCAGAUCUCCUUCCACAAUUACGAUGGCUUUCUUGGCCUAUAAUUCCCCUAACAUUUAAGAUUACAAAAUUCUCCAUGGAGCAUGUGGUUAUUCUUGAUCUAUCACAUAGUAAAAUUACGCAUGAUUGGAAGGGGUGGAGCCACAUGAAGGUGAUGAAAAAUUUGAAGGUUAUGGAUUUGACCCUUUGCCGUUGCUUGGAGAGAAGCCCCGACUUCUCUGCUCAUUCAAAAUUAGAAUAUUUGAUCCUACGACAGUGUCACAAAUUAGUUGAAAUUGACAUGUCGAUUUGUCAAUUGAAAAGCUUAGUUUUCUUAGAUGCAAUAUGUUGUGAGAAUCUUCGGAGGUUGCCGGACGAGAUGGGUAGAGAUCUUGCAAGUCUCAAAUACCUAUAUUUGUUUGGAUGCCGUCAGUUGGAGAGGCUUCCGAAUACAAUUGGAAAUUUGAAAUCGUUGAUUGAGUUGGAUAUAAAAUGUUCGGGGAUCAAAGAACUCCCUGAUGCACUCUGGACAAUUGAGAAGCUUGAAGUAAUAAAAGCCACAAAUUUAUUCGAUUGUGAAAUUUGCAAUUGCAUCUCUAAAAAUCGAUCCCUGAGGAUUUUGAGAUUGUCUGGUGUUAGACUAUACGUAGUACCGAGGCUUCCUGAAAGCCUUAACAUUUUAGAAUUAAAAGUAUUGUAUAUGGAUACGUUUCCGGAUCUCUCAAACUUGACUAAUUUAGAAAAAUUAAUGCUGUCAUUUAGUCGACGUGAUUGUGAUGGGGAAUCUGAUGGGCCUGUGGAAGAAAAUCCGAUGCCACUGUGGAUUGGGAAUUUAAGCAAGCUGGAGUAUCUAUCCCUGACAUGUCCGUUCGUGACCACCGUACCAAUAGAUAUGAGAAGUCUCCUUCCCCAGCUCAAGACACUUGAACUCUGGUGCCCUAAGUUGCGUUGCCUCUCGAGCCUUCCCUCCUGUUUAUCAUCCUUGUGGUUAGGAUCCGCCGUGACCUCCUUACCCACGGAUAUGAGUAGUCUCCUUCCUCGACUCGGCUUCCUUCUUCUCGAGUGCCCUAAUCUGCGUUGCCUCCCGAGCCUUCCCUCCAGUUUAUCAGAAUUUAGGCUGUGGGGUUUCGAGUCGGGUUGUUCCAUGGAGUUUCCAUCGAGUAUAAAGACACUACCAGUACUUUACAUCCGUGGCUGUGCAAUCUCAGAGUUUCGAGGCUUUGAUCGUUUGGAGAACCUAAAAGAUUUGCUGCUUUGGGAACUUCAACAGGUGGAGAUAUUACCUGAUUUAAGUAAUCUCAACAAACUAGAAAGUGUUGACAUACGUAGUUGUUAUAAUCUGGUCGAGAUUCAAGGUGAACUCCCACCAUUAUUGGGAUCAUUGACACUUCAGUUUUGUGGAUCUUUACAAAAGUUGCCUGAUCUGUCAAGCUUGAAGAAAGGUGGGCAUAUUACAGUAAGGCGUUGUGGGAAAUUAAAUGUGGAGGCAAUUUCUUUGCUUUGCUUGGAGAAGGGGGUCAGAUUUGAGGUAGAUUUCUCGGAGAAGGGGGUCAGACUUGAGGGAGAAGAUGACGAAUCAGAGGGUGAAGAUGACGAAUCAGAGGGAGAAGAUGACGAAUCAGAGGGAGAAGAUGACGAAUCAGAGGGUGAAGAUGACGAAUCAGAGGGAGAAGAUGACGAAUCUGGAUUUGAAUUUGAAAUUGUGAGGGAGAAGACUGACGGAUAAGUGGCCGUCGCUCUUGAAACCUUCUUGAUCCCCGCCCGCAGAUCGUUCUCUUGUGUGCAAACUUCAAACGGAUUGAGUUUAUUUUCCAGGAAAGUGUGUGGUUCUUAGUGGGAUUUGCAAAUGUUAUGGAGAACUUAUAAAAUGAAGAAAGAGGAAUUUCACUUGGGUAUCGGCAUCAAUAAUUGGUGCAGCAGAGCUUCCAUCUGUGACAGGAGAGAACUAUUUAGCUUCUCCAAGGGACCUGUGGUUAAUUGGGCGGCUGUAUAGAUGGAGAUCGAAGAAGGGCAGAUGAUGGAUGAAAUUUGAUGUUGACCGUGUUCCCUCUCUCAAUCUUGGGGUGGUAAACACUGCAUUCAUUUGUUUUGGGGGGUAAAAGGGCUAUUUAGGCAAACCUGAUUGUGUUUUUUUUUUCCUUUCCUUUAUGGUGGGCCCACAAAAUGCUUAUUACAUUUUAUCUGAAUGUGUGUUCUCUUCAUUGUCAUGCAAUAGAACUUGCUUAUUAGUACCCAAAUCUUCUUUUACAAGGAAACACUUGAAGGACUUGUCUGGACUGGGAGAAACAUUGUGUGUGCUUAGAGUGGUGAUUGAGGUAGUCUUAAUUGCUCUUGCCAAAACCAGUACAUGGACCUUUUGAUGUGAAAAUGGUGUUCAAAGUAGUCCUAGUCAUGAGUAUGAUAGGCACUCACAACACAAGAAACAUGAAUUGCUAGUAUUCAUGGAAUAGACUGUUUUGAAGAGAUGACUCUCGUUGAACUUAUUUACAAUUAGCUUUCACAUGGUCUUGAGCACCGUGGCAUUUUUUCUAACAUUCGUGAGACUUCAGAGCUAAAGGGUAUUCGAUUCUUGCAAAAUAACUCAUGUCCAAUGUCCUCAAAAGGAAAUUGACAGGAACAAGUAAUGUUGAUGAAGGUAUCAAGACAAUUAAAGAUAGGCUUUGUAGUAAAGGAGUUCUCACCCUUUUUGAUGAUGUUGACCAGAAGAAUUAAUUGAAUGCACUCAUGGGUAAUAUCAGUGAUAGUCAGGCAUUACUAAAUUCUUCAAUGCUGAUUAUCAAGCAGUGAAGGAUCUCAAAAUUCUUAGUGCUUUUUGUUUGUCAUUGAAUAAUCAGUGCUUUUUGUUGAUCGAAGGCACUGCCAUCCUUAAUGGGAGUUGACUGGGUUGAAAUACUUCGCAGAAAGGGACAACAUGUGGGAGCCCUUUUAUCAGGUUCAAAUGAUGCAAUAUCUGGCAUUGCUUAGAAGAUUCAGCCAUUUCUUGAAAAAUUUAGAAGACAUGCUCAGCAGAGGAGUUCAUUUUCCAAUAAGAAGUGCAUCCACAGAUAUUGAAAGGUAUCCACAACCAAGUCUGUUAUCAAGGAAGAUUUGAAACUUAAACAAAUUUCUUAUUGCCCUAUGUCAUCUCAGCAGAUAUUGAUUGUUGUCUUUCCUGGGAUCGUUAUCUGUUAUACAUAAAUUACAAUCACACUUUGGCAAGUUGACUUGAAGUCUAUUGUUCUUGUACGUAUAGUUAUUAGUGGCUGUUUUUGCAACCAUUUCCUACCUGCAAGAUGGAUCACUGGAAACUACUCAUGAAAUGAGACCAUGGUUUCUUCUGAUCUAUUUCAUGAGUUUGAUUUGGUUUAGAUAUAUUACUUUUUGACGUUUUUGGUUGGCUAAUUGAGUUAUCAAUAAAAGAGAAGUCAAAUUGA